CAAUGGAUAAGUAAAUCUUAUUAUCAUAGUGACAGUUAAAUGACUUACAAUUGCAUCACUGAAAAGAGAUUGUGCCAAUUUUGUUAAAGUUAAUGUGCAAAACUUGGAGAUUUUGUGUCUAUGAAUUUAAAGGUGAAAUAUUUGGUCUGAAAACAGAUAAGUAGCUUUCGGAGAUUCACCUGAGGGAUUAGAUAUGAAAGUGGGGUAGAUGUUUAAACAUUUAGAAAACAUUAUGUUCAUUGAACCAAUCAGAACUUGGAUAACAUAUUUACCUAUAGCAUUGUCUAUUGUCAAUGGUUCCAGAUGUUUGAAUGGCGGGUAAAUCCUCUCCGGAAUAUUGAUCACUUGGACAUUUUUACCUGAGUCAGUGUCGUCAGCACUGUCAGGGUGUGUGUGUAUGUGAGGAUUAAGCACUACUAGCCCAGACCCGUGGAACAUCUAGGAGAGGGGGACUCCUAAAUGUAUCCACAGGGACUGGAAAAAAGUGUUAAUAUUGUUAAUGACUUUUAUUUUUUCGUUGAUGGAUAUUUAUACUGAGGAUAUGUUUUGAGGAAAAAAAUUGUUUCGUGGAGGGGCUAUAUACACUGGUACAGAAAAAAAAAGAUGGCCCAAUCUAAUAUGAAUUUGACUUAUCAAACCAGAGUGUUUGCAGAGAGAGUGCUUUCUCUCAAAGAUGAACAAGAGAGAGUACAAAAGAAGACAUUUACAAACUGGAUGAACAGUUACCUUAAACAGAAAAAUAUGAAAGUGGAGAACCUAUUUGAAGACAUUAAAGAUGGCGUAUACCUGUUAUCCUUAUUGGAAGUCCUGUCAGGAGAUAAACUGAAAAUGGAAAAAGGAAAAUUAAAGAGAGUACAUUAUGUCAGCAACAUAUCUACAGCACUUAACUUCUUGGAACAGAAAAAGAUAAAACUUGUCAACAUCAAUGUUUCGGACAUUGCAGAUGGAAAACCGUCCAUAGUCCUUGGAUUAAUUUGGACCAUUAUCUUAUAUUUCCAGAUUGAAGACACAUUUGCACAAAAUGAAGACACUGGCGAACAGGCACCGCUGUCAGCUAUAGAUAAGUUCCGAAAGAAUGCAAAGAAAGCUUUAUUAGCCUGGACAGCCAAUGCUAUAACAAAAAAAUAUGGUAUAGAAGUUAAUAAUUUCGGCAAAAGUUGGCGAGAUGGCCUGGCAUUUAAUGCCAUGGUACACACAAUCAACCCUGACUUAGUGGACUUCGAUCAAUGUAGGAAACAGAGCGCUAAAACUAAUCUAGAGCAGGCAUUCUCAGUUGCAGAGUCACAACUUGGUAUCGCAAGACUACUGGACCCUGAAGACGUUGAUGUUGAGAAGCCUGACGAGAAAUCAGUCAUGACUUACGUUGCACAAUUCUUAAAGGCUUACCCAGAGGCUGGUGAGGACCCUAGUCUAUCCAAAAGGAAAAACCCAGCAGAACAAGAAAUAUCCGAUUACAAUGAUCUAAUGACAUGGAUUAAGGAGGAAGCUGAUGAGCUUCUACAGAUCGUAGACCAACCAGUUACAGACAGACAGGCAGAAUAUAUGGACUACUUAGCAUUUAAAACAGAAUUUGACAGACGACAGAAAAUAUACCAGAGGUUAGAGGAGAAAGUAGUGAACAAAAAAGCCGUAAAAAUUACUCCCAAAAUGUGGCAGGAAUUGGAACCCAAAUGGCGAGACAUUGCUAGACGUACUCGUAUGUGGUUAUGGAAACUUGAUGCUAGUCUACCAGGUCGUCUUGGCAAGUUUGGUGAUUGGUUAAAUCAAGCUGAGGAAAUGUUAGAGAUUGAACCUGAACAACGAGAAGACUAUAUAGAAAUGGCGGAUCAAAUUCUUAAACUGUUGAAUGAACACAAGGACUUUUUCAAAGAGCUGGACCAAAACAAAGAGUUUUUCUUACAAGUAAAACGUGCAGGAAAAUAUGAAGGAGAAUUCAUCCCACCGCCACAAAUGGACAAUUUACACAGUAGAUUACAAGUUGUGUGUAAAGAGGCACCAAAACGAGAGAAUGUACUACAGUAUGAUGAGUUCAGAUACAGACUUGCUGCACUCAGUACAGCUACAGAAGGAAAACUGAAGAUAUGGUUGUCAAAGUUAGGCACACAGGAGGACGUAGAGGAGAUGGCAAUGGAUUACAAGGGCUUUGUACAGACCAAUAAUUUAUUUGCAAACUAUGACAAGAUGCUCAGUGAGACAAAAAAGAGAGGUGAUUCUUUCAGAAGACAUGUCUCAAAGGAAGAAGCUGCACAGAUUACACAAUUUGCUGAUGAAGAAACACAAAAAUGGAAAACAAUGUCUGCAGAUAUUAAAUCUUUACAAUCUAUGUUUGACGAGGGAUUAGAGCAGUGGAAACGAUAUAACGGAUGUUACGAUAUGUUAAUUGCAUGGAUCACAGAAGGUGAACAAGUCAUGCAUGGUGGAACAAAAGAACAAAUUGAGGAGUAUUUUACCGAAAUUCCACAGUAUGAAGAAAGACUUCAAAUUUUAAACAAAUCUGCAAACUUUUUGAUAGAAAAUUGUCAAGAACCUAUUGCUGAAGAAAUUAAACAAAACCUUGAUAUGAUUAACGGUAGAUUUAGUGAAUUAGUGGAAGGAUAUCAACACUAUAAGAAAGUAGAAGUUAUAGGAAAGGGGAGACAAGAAUAUCAGCUAGGAGUGGAUAGAAUAUCACAGUGGUUACAAAACGCUGAGGAAUUAUUGGCAACUGAAGUUCCAUGUAAACAUGCUGCAUUGAAGGACCAUUUACAGGAUGUAGAUACAUUUGAACAGGAUAACUCCGAUCUUUGUGGAACUCAAGUAGCAGAAAUGGAAAAUGAUUUUAAAGUGACCACAAAAACAGCGCAGUCACUAGUCAAGGAUACAGAACAGACAAUGGUCAACGAAAUGUUACAAACUCUAAAUGUACAAAAAGAAGUCAUUGUUCGACUUCGUAAAGAAAUCCCAGAAAGAAUUAAAUACCUCAAAGCUGUGCUUCCUAAUGUAGAAUCUUUAGAAACUGGAAUAUUAGAUUUGAAUGCCUGGCUGGUUAAAGGCGAGGCAUUGUUAGCUACACACAAACUAGACGGUGACCAAAGAGCUGUUGAAGAACGCCUUGAGAAACACAAGCAAUUCUUCUCUGAAACAACAUACCAAAAAUCCAUUGUUGAAAGUAAAAACAAAGUUCAUCAGAAAGUCACAUCUACCAAACCCAAGUUAAAGAAUGUCAAUUUUGAUGAUGUUGAUAUUCCAAUGGAGGAAACAACUGCACGCUUCCAGAGUUGCAUUUCGGGAGCUAAAGACUGGGAGAAAAAAUUGGAUAAUCUGUCUCGUCUUUGGCGUGUCUACUCACAGAAAGAACAAGCACUUGCCAGUUGGCUUCAGCAAGCUCAGACUGUACUCAACGACAACGAAGAUGACUCUGAUAGCUUAAUCAGAAAACACAAAGGCUUCUUUAAUAAAAUUGACAAACGAUUAAUAGAUGACUAUUUGAGAGCCGGUCAAGAUAUUUUAAUGGUGCUAGAUGAUAGGGAUAAAUCAGAACUACAGCAAGACAUGGCUUCCAUGCAAGAAACGUGGAAGAACGUACAGGCAUCCGCGCCAAUCAAAUUGGUGAAACUAGAAUUCCGUCUUCCAGAGGAGAUUUUUGUAGAACAAGUUGACGAUGCUGAGAAAACACUUCAACAGGAACAAAAACAAUUACAGAGAAAUGAAAAUGUUAAACAGACAUUACAGAAACACAGACAAAUGUUCGCCCAAGGACCAUUUGUACCUACAUGUACCAGAUGUUUGGAGGACAUGGAGUCCUUCACUAAGAACUUACAUCAACUCGACAGAAACGAUCACAAUUUACAAGACAGAUAUGACCACCAUAUAGACAGGUGGAGGAAACUUAAUGCAGCCAUGGAAAAUAUCCAUCUGCAGCUCAAACAACUUCCAGAGAGGUGGAAGGAAUAUAAUCAAAAAAUGAAUGAAUUUAAAAAGGCAGUGCAGCAUGUUGAUGAUCUGAUGCAAGCCUUACAACAAGAGGAUCUCACUAGUGAGGAGUACAAGGAUUUACAAAAUAAAUACCAGAAAGCAUUGCGAGACAUGAAUAAGCUUGCAGAGGAUGGCCAAUGGUUAGAAGACAACUUGGAGGAACUUCUGAAAGACUCUCCAGAGGCAGAUGCUGACGAAGAGAGAAGAAAGUUACGGGAUCUAAUGGGCCAAUUUGUGUCUAUUCAGCCUGGUAUGGAGAGCGUAACAGAUAAAUCUGCUGUUUUCUCAAAGGCUUAUGACUUCAGGGAUGAACUACACAAGCGCUCUGACUGGUUAGAUGAAGCUCAGAGACUUGUAAAUGAGGAUCCUUUUAUAGAUGGUCUUGAAGAUGCUAGAGCUUAUCUCGGUGAACAUGAGAACAUGUUAAAGAAACUAGGUACCGAAGGUGCUAGGAUUCAAGCAGAUAUUGAUGCUGGAAGGCGUCUCCAGAAAGAUAGAAAUGCUCCUGCAUUUGUUUCAAAAACAGUGGAGGAAUUAGAUAGAAAGUUGAAGGAUACAAAUGAAAAAGCUAAACAGAAACAUGAGAAAUUGAAGCAAAAAGUAAAAGAAUGGGAAAAUUAUGAAAAAUCUAAAUCAGACUGCAUACAGUUACUCAAGAAAGCUGAAGCUGAACUUGAAAAACCACCUGCAACCUCAGGACAAGAAUUAGCCGAGAAAGAUCUGCAAUCUAAAAGAGAACUUCAAAGAACAUUGGACAAAUUGAAAGGCAGUAUAAAUGACAUGCAAAAGUUAAAUGCUGUCUUGGCAGAGGGCGCUAGUCGUGAGAGGAAAGGACCAUUAAAAGUGGAGAUCUCUGAAAUAGACAAAAGACUUGACAAUGUUUCCACCAGACUUAAUGCUAAGUUGGCUGAUCUGGAAGCAACAAUCGCCAAAUGGACUGAAUAUUACAAGAGACUUAAUAACUUCUGUGAAUGGUUAAAUACCAAAGAGUCAAAUCUCAAUGAUGUGUUUGAAAACAAAUCUGCCCAGCCUGAAGAACAGCUGGACAAAGCAAAUGAUAUUUCAAGAGAGGUAUAUGAAAACAGGGUAACAUUAGAUAAUUUGGAAAAAGAUGCAAGGGGCUUGUCUCAAAACUUCAGAUCAAGGGAGACAUCAGCUCUCAAAACAAAACUGGCAAGUGUCAGACGUCAGUGGGAAAACCUGUGUUCCAGAGCUAAGGAUAGAAGUUCUGCCCUGACAGGAAGUGUUGCUCACUGGCAAAUGUACCAGAACCUGUCCCAGCAACUGUUACCAUGGAUGGAGAAAGCUCAAAGAUACUGUGCUACUGAACUUCCUAAAUGUUCCUCGUUGGAAGAAGCAAAGGACUUAUAUAAUCUUCACCAGUCUUUUGUAAAAGAAUGUGAAGAACAGCUCCCAAUCUUUGAGAAAUUAAACACAGAAGCAGGCUACCUGAUGGACCAACCCAAUGUUCCUCGUGAGAUAGAGGACCUACAGAUGAGAUGGAAUGACAUCAUCAGUUCUUCAGAAGACCGUAGUCAUAAGGCGGAGAAGAUGUAUGGUGCAUGGGCUGCCUAUGAUCAAGAGAUCAGCAACUUUGACGAGGUUCUUGACAAACUACAGGGACGACUUGCUGAAGAACCCAAUUUACAUUCAACUGAUGUUCAAGUUCUUGAGCAUGAACUUGCUAUUGGAAAGACUUUACAAGAGGAGAUAAAAAGUCAUCAACCACAUCUCAGAGCUUUAGAAAAGCAGUUUGAGCAAGUAAAGAAGCAUGCCUCACCAGAAGGUGUGCAAGCUCUUCAAUCCAAGAUGGAUGCUGUUAAAUUAGCAUAUAAUAAGACAUCUGAGGAUGCUGCUGAGAGACAGAACAUGGUGGGUGCUGCCGUCAGACAUCGUCAAGAUUUCUACGGACAGUUACAGGACUUUGAGAAAUGGUUGAAGAAAUCCCAACGUAAACUAGAUACUGGAAAUGAAAUUUAUGCCGAUGAAGUUCCUGAUCUUCAAGCUAAACUCAAAGAAUUGAGAGCUGAAUGUGAAGGUCAUGAACCUAUGUUUAAUGCCUUAACUCAAGAAUUUAAAGACCUUAUUCAAAACUGUAGCGAGGAGGAAGCAGCCAUGUUGAGAGAUAGGUUUGACCGUAUGAUGGCUGGAUACUCAAAAGUAGAGGACUUAAUAAAAAAUAGAGAGGAUUUAUGUGAACAAUGGGUUAAUUAUUCCGGUGACCAAAAAGACGUCCAGGCAAAGUUAAAAUCUCUCCAACAGAAACUUCAACAACCCGACAUCAGUGAGGAGGAGGUUAAUAAGAUAAACAAAGAGGUAGAAGCCUUACGUAAAAGUAUGGCUCCCUGGAAUCGUAAGAAAGAACAACUGGAUGAUUUAAUGGGCACUGCACAACUUGUCAUUAAAGACAGAGCUACUCAAAGGACAUUGCACUUUGGUACAGAGCUUCAGGCUCUUGAAAACAUGUGUGAUUCCGUGUCCACCAAUGCCUCACAGAAACAAGGACAUUUGAGUGAAUUACAUCAACUGUGGGAUGAGUUUGAUAAUAAGAAGGGCAAUCUUCUUGGUAAAUUACAGACUUUGGGUGAUAAGAUACAGAAUAGUAAAGUGGACUCCUCGUCAUUACAGGGCAUCAAAGAACUUGUGAAUGAAAUAGAGGAGGCUCGAGAUGACAUGUAUGCAAUGAACCCAGAAUAUGAACAACUGAGAGAACUAGGAAGACAGCUGCAGCAAGCUGAUACAACAAAAGGAGGAAGUGCUACUGAUUCCCUGCGACAAGUCAAUAAGGCAUGGGACCAGGUUCAGGCUCUUUUGGCAGACAAGUACCAAACCUACAGUGGUGUGGCCAACUUAUGGCAGCAAUACAAUGAUAACAAACAAAAUGUUGGACGUGUAUUGGAAGAUGUACAGCCACAAGUUCAACAGGAAAUGGCAUUUACUUCCCCUGAUGAAGUCAAAAAGGCUUUGGAUCAGCACAAGAAUGCUGAAUUUGAAUUGCAUGCAAACCAAUCACAACUUGACCAGAUGAACAAUAAGGGAUUACAGUUGUUAGAAGAACUGAAAAACUGCCCCAACUUUGAUGUGUCUGUCCUUGAACGUGACCUUGAUGAAGUCAACCAUAAAUGGGAAACAUCAAAUUCAGAAAUUGAACAACACAAAGAGAACCUAGAAGCUCAGUUGAUCUGUUGGGACCAGGUCAUGUCUGGCAAAGAGGAAAUAGAAUCGUGGAUGAAUACCAUGAAUACUAAACUGGCCGACAGUCUGACACAUUUUGAUGAUGCUGUUAGUGUGGAGUCCUGUCUCAUGAAAUAUAAGGAGGAAGCUCCAUACUAUGCUGAUGUUAUCAGUGAAGUUCAGCAGAAAAUAGCAGACUUACAGGAACUGAACAAAGGGAGACCAAUCCCUGAAUUAUCAAAUUCCCAAGACGAGAUACAAGAGAAAUUUGACAAAUCUUCUACGAUGGCUAAUCAGUUAGAGGCCAUCAUGGCUAACUUCUCAGAUGAGAGAACUAAUCUACAGAGAGCUAUUGAGCAAGAAACUGAUGCUAUAAAUAGAAUCAAAGAUAAAUUAGCCAAAUGUGACGAUGUCUCUGGUUCCGAUGAAGAUCUGGUCAGAAGACUUCAAAAUACCAAGGAACUUCAAAAAGAACUUGAAGAGCAUGAAAGAAACAUAAAAGCCCUGCAGGACAAAACAGCUGCUUUACAGGAUAAAUACCCGUCUGCCGAGACAAGCAACCUUGCCAAGGAUGCUGUCGUCCUUGGGAAGAAGUUUGACACUGUUGUAAACCGUGGAGAUAAGAUAGCUGACAUGCUUGAAAGCACUCUAGAACAACACUGUCAAGAUGCUCAACUCCAGGAACAGAGAUGGCUUAAUGCAGCUAAAGAGAAAUUAGCUUGGUGUGGAGACAUCUCUGGCGAUAGAUACAGUGUAGAGGGAAAAUUAGCAACUAUCAAGGACUUGAUAGCUGGUUUGAAAGAUGGAGAACAAAAGAAAGAUUUAGCAGCAGCUAAGUUAGACACACUGAAAGCUGUCUUACCCAGAGAAAGACAAGCUGAAUUAGAGAGACAGAGGAAACAAGCUGACAAAGAAUUCCAGGACUUAGUCAAACAACUACAGCAAACGCAGAACAAAUUGGAAGGAUCUGUUGACCAGUGGAUGGAGUAUGAUAAUAAAUAUGAAGGACUUUCUCAAUGGAUCAAAGAUAUGGAAGGCAAAGUCAGAAACGAAGGCAAUCUGAAAGCUGACCUGCCAGGCAAAACUCAACAGGCUGAACACUUCAGUGACUUGAAUGAAGAUAUACAGAGACACAGACCUCAAUUUGAAGCCUUACGUAACGAGGCCUCUGAGAUCUCUAACACCACAGGUGAUGGUAGAACUGCUACAUAUGCUGCUCAGCUCUUGUCAAGAUAUGAGACACUGGCCAAUAAUGUUAAUGAACAAUGUGAACGUUGUGACCAGAAUGCAGAACAACACCAAGACUACCUAAACAAAUAUAAACACUGUACGGACUGGUUAGAAGGUGCCCUACAACAGUUAGAGGACUGUAGUGAUCUGGCUGAUGACCAAGACAGUCUACAAGCUAAACUACAAAAUGUUGAGGAUAUAUUGGCAGACAAAGAAGAAGGUCUUUCUAAGUUUAAUGCUGCUCUGGAAGCUGGUGAAAAGCUCUAUCCAAAUACCUCAAAUACUGGAAGAGAAGCAGUCCGCAAGGAUCUGAGAUCACUUCGUGAGAAAUGGGAAUCCUUCAACGACAAACUCAAUGACACCCAGCGCUCGCUUGAAAGUAGCCGCAUGCAGUGGACUACCUUUGAUGAUAAUUAUGAUCAGCUGUUGAACUGGGUGUCCGAUAUGGACAACCAAGUCCAGCAAGAUGAAGAAUUAAGGAAUACUUUACAAGAAAAGAAAGCCAUGCUUCAGCAUUACAGGACUCGUUGCCAAGACAUAUUAUCCCAUCAGACAAUGAUAGACAGUGUUGGAGAUAAAGGAGCUGCCCUCUCCUCUCAGCAAGCCAAGGGCAAACUUAAAAGACUGAACGAUGAAUACAGGGCACUUUGUACAGCUGCACAGAAUCAAGUUAAGACUGCAGAGGAACAUGUUGACCAACAUCAGCUUUAUCAUGAUGCACAUCAGCAAUGUCGUGACUGGAUGAACAUGACUAAAGAUAAACUCACUGUGUGUGCCGAGGUUACUGGAGAUAAACAAGCAUUAAAUAACAGACUUGACAGAGUCCAGGAUUUGAUGACCUCUUUGAGAGAUGGAGAAAAGAAAGUUAAAGCAACUCAUGUUCAGGGAGAGAAAACAUUACCACAGACAGCCAGACAAGGUCAGGCCCACAUUAAUGGUGAACUGGAGUCUGUGACACAAGAUUACGAGACAUUAGCUACCAAACUGGGAGAGACACAACAAAACUUGACUCACUCUAUUCAAGCUUUACAGGCUUAUGAUGGUUCAUGUGAGUCCCUAAAUAGAUGGUUGAGAGACGUAGAGGCUCAGAUUAAAGACCUCGAACUGAAAUCAACACUACCUGAAAAACAAGCUCAGGUUGAAAAAUACAAAGACUUGCAGAAUGAUGUUCACACAAGACAAGGUCAGUUUGAUGAUUUGAAGAAUAUGGCAUCACAGGUUCAGGGUUCAGAUUCCAGACUGAUCAGUCUCAGUUCACAACUAUCCACCAGAUACCAGACAGCCAAGACAAAUCUCAAUGAUUUGAUUGGCAAACUACGUAAUCAUGCACUAGAACACGAGACUUACCAAGAGAACUUCAGUGAAUGUUCCGAAUGGUUAGGAACCUUACUACAGAGACUACAGGUCUGUGCUGAUAUGGCUGGUGACAAACAUGAUGUCGAGGACAGACUUUCUAAGCUACAGGAACUUGUAGCAGAAAAAGAUCAAGGAGCUACCAGAAUACACUACACUGUAGAAUGUGGUGAGAAACUGUAUCCCAGCACUGCUUCAGAGGGUCGUGAUAUAAUCCGUCAGGAACUGAGAGGUCUACGUGAGCACUGGGAACAGGGUUGUGACGUGUUAGCAGAAACCCAACGUAAACUAGACACCACUUUACUACAAUGGUCCUCUUAUGAUGAAAACUUUGAACAGUUCCAGAAAUGGCUUCUGGAUACUGAAAUCAAACUGCGAGAGGAUACGGACCUGAAAGCUACUUUGCCUGAUAAAAAAGCUCAGUUACAAAAUCACAGGGUGUUACAUCAAGAUAUUGUAUCUAGACAACAUGUUAUGGACAAUUUACUGGACAAGGCUAGAAACUUGUCACAGUCUACACCCUCGGCUAAAGUGGCGAAAUUUGUUGGAGAAUUGCAGACCAAAUACGAGAAACUAUGUGAUACAUCGAAACAGAUGUUAGACAAACUAGAGGCCUCACAGAAGGACCACCAACAGUACCAAGAUAUGUACCAGGACUGUCAGGACUGGCUUAACGCCUCACGGGAAAAAGUCGAGCUAUGUGCCGAUACCUCAGGUGAUAAGAUGUCACUGCAGAAUAAACUAGAAAGACUCAAGGAGUGUGCUGAGAAAGUUGGAGAUGGUGAAAAGAAAUUGAAAGCCACAAAAGAGCUUUGUGAAAAGACUACAAAGAAUUCAUCUCAACGUGGACGUGAGGUAUUACGACGUGAUAUUGACCACCUCCAGUCUGAGUGGGAGGAUUAUCUGGCUCGUAUACAACAGACUGAAGAGGACCUACAGACUGCAAUGGUACAGUGGGGAGACUUCGAGUCCAAGUUCUCUGUAUGUUCAUCUUGGCUUAAAGACAUGGAACAACAAGUCAAAAACUAUGAAUUGAAGUCUUCACUGAGAGAGAAACAAACUCAAGUGGAAAGAUUCAAGAAACAAAGAGAAGAGAUUUUGUCUCAUCAGCCAGAGAUUGACAGAUUUACAGAUGACGCCCAGAAUCUGAUGCAUACCAGUGCAGACGCCAGACUUAGUACACAAGUGUCACAGCUCACUAACAGAUAUAGAGGACUACUCUCACAAGUCAAGGAAUUGAUAGGUAAAUGGGAGAAAUAUGCCCAGGACCAUCAAGGUUAUGACAACAGAUUGGCAGAAUUUAAUAAUUGGAUAGAACAAGCCGAUGCUAAGCUGGACACUUGCCAGCAAUCUGCUGCUGACCAGGAAACCAUGGAGGAGAGGAGAACCACCAUACAGAUGUUAAUGGCAGAGAAAGAUCAUGGCCUACAGAGACUCAAUGCCACCAUUGAAGCUGGAGAGAAACUUUACCCAGACACAGCUGCUGGUGGACGUGAAAAGGUUCGCCAGGAAUUACGCACAGCUAAAGAGGACUGGGAAAGAUUGUUUACUGGUCUGUCUGAUACCCAGAGGAAGGUUGACUCAUUCCUGAUGCAAUGGUCCUCAUAUGCUGAUGGACAGGAUCAGCUGAUGAAAUGGAUGGUUGAUACAGAGGCUGCACUGAGGGCUGAUGUCGACCUGAAAAAUACAUUACAAGAAAAACGAUUGCAAUUACAGAACCUCAGACCUGUGCUAUCAGACAUUACAUCCCACCAAAGACUUGUAGAUUCUGUGAUAGAGAAAGCCCAGGGUGUACUACACAGCACAUCUAACCCUGAAGUAGCUGCCUUCAUCACUGAUAUCAAUUCUAGAUAUGAAGAUUUGUGUCAAACAGCUAAGACUACAAUACAACAAUGUGAACGUAAUGUUUACGAUCACCAACAGUACCAUGAUUCCCUGCAGGCAGCCGUUGACUGGAUGACCUUGAUGAAAGAUCGUGUAGGAAUGUGUGCUGACAUUUCAGGAGACAGACAUACCUUACAAAACAAAUUUGACAGAGUCCAGGAAUUACUGGCUCAAAUACCUGACAAUGUUAACAAAAUAAGUGUGGUGGAAGAAAAAGGUGCUAAAGCCAUGGAAACCACUGCCCUCAAAGGUCGUCAGGGCAUACAGCAAGAAUUAGACAUGCUUAAAAUGGACUGGGAAAAUUACACAACACAAGUUAGAUCACUCCAUGAUAAUCUUGACAGAGCUAUUGAACAUUGGAUCAAAUAUGAGGAGCAACAUGAGAAAAUCUCUCAUUGGGUCAAGGACAUGGAGAAAAAGGUCAAGGACUUUCCUCUCAAAUCUACUGUGGAGGAUAAACAACAUCAGCUUGUUCGAUACCAGGAAUAUCUCGAAGACAUUGUAGAAUUCCGUCAUGAAUUGGAAGACUUUUCACAUUUAGAAUCAGAGUUGAUGCAAGACCUGCGUAGUCACCAAAGAGAAGUUGACCAGUUUUCAGAUGAUGGUCAAACACUACAGCAGCUGACCGGAGAAAGCCGUGUUGCAACCUCAAUCUCACAAUUGGUUUCUCGAUAUCAAACUCUACAACAAACUGUUAAGGAAAAUCUGAAGAAAUGUGAGCAGAACGUUGCAGAUCAUAAACUGUAUAGAGAACGACAUGCUGACUGUAGUCAAUGGUUAACUAAAGCCAGGAAAAAGUUUGGACAGAGUGCUGAUACUUCUGGUAACAGGAAUGACCUUGAGGAUAGACUGGAAAAAAUACAGGAGCUAUCUGUUGAAAGAGAUGCUGGCUUCGGUAAACUUAACAAUGUCAUUGAAUCUGGUGAAAGACUUUACCCCAACACUGCUGCUGAAGGAAGGGAGGUUAUAAGACAAGAAUUACGUCAACUGAAACUCGGCUGGGAGAGUCUGUUUGAUGACUUAUCAGCAGCUCAGCGUAAACUAGAAGUAGCUCUUGUACAAUGGACAUCAUUCGAUGACAGUUAUGGUCAAGUGGAACACUGGCUAAGAGACAUGGAGUCACAAUUGGAAGGACAAUUACCAUUGCGAUCAACUCUGGAAGAGAAAAAGACACAGCUACAGAACUAUAAGGUUUUGCAUCAAGACGUGUUAUCCUAUCAGAGAGUUAUUGAAAGUGUUAAUGACAAGGCUCAAUCACUCGUACAGAGUAGCAGCGACCCUCAUCUUACAAAGUUUGUUUCUCAGGCGAGAACAAGAUACCAGAAACUCUGUACAUCUGCAAAGGAGCGUGUACAACAAUAUGAAGUAUUUGUCGCUGACCAUCAACAGUACAACGACGCUUACAACAACUGUAUAGAAUGGUUGAAUGGUAUUCGUGAGAAGCUAUCCAUGUGUUCUGACGUAUCUGGUGAUCGCCAUACUAUCCAAAACAGAUUGGACAAAAUACAGACUUACUACACAGGACUUAUUAAAAGUGACAUUGUUGCCACUAAGAUGGAAGGAGAACCCAAGGUCAAGAAUUGUAUAAGCCUUGCAGAGAGAGUACUACCUAGCACAGCUCCCCAGGGUAAAGACAUUAUCAUCAGAGAGACUGAUGCUCUGAGAGAUGACUGGGAUGCUUUUGUUAAUGCUCUGCAGAAGACAAAAACUGAUCUUGAAAACUGUAUGGGACAAUGGAAAGAAUUUGACGCAUGGCAAGAAAAAGUCUCAGCAUGGCUGAAAGACUUAGAAGCCAAAGUAAGAGAAAUAGAGCUUAAAGCUACACUCAAAGACAAGCAGGUACAAAUAGACAAAUUGAAGGCUAUCCAUCGUGAUCUACUGGACCAUCAGGGUGAUAUCGAUGCCCUGAGUGACGCAGCCCAGGAUCUAGUCCGUGUCAGUACUGACACUCGUGUAAUCAGUCAAGCAUCACAGCUCAGUACAAAAUACCAGACGGUUUACGUCAACGUUAAGGAGUUGUGUCGUCGUUGGGAACAGUAUGUUCUGGACCACCAGGCUUACAACGAAUCGUUCAACCAGUGUAAAUCAUGGCUACAGGAAAUGAGAAACAAAUUACAGGCUCAUACAGACAUCAGUGGUGAUAGGAAGGCUGUACAGGAGAGGCUAACUGAAGUACAGGAACUAACGUCUGACAAAGAUGAAGGACUACACAUGCUUCAGAUUGCCCUUGACAACCUUCAGAUCGUCCUGCCAAAUACUUCCGUCCCUGGUCGAGAUAAUCUCAGACGUGAGAUGCAAGGUCUUCAGGCAGAGUAUGAUACUCUCUCUGGUGACCUUAAUGAAUUAAAAACCAAACUAGAUGGUACUCUUGCACAAUGGACUGUGUAUGAUGAUAGUAUUGAACAACUUCAUCGCUGGCUCAAUGACCUUGAACUUCAACUACAAACAGAGUCACAAUUGCAGAAUACUCUGCAGGAGAAGAAGUUACAGUUUGAAAGAGUCAAGGUCCUACAGCUGAACAUCAACAGUCAACAAAGUACUAUUGACAACCUGAAUGACAAGGCAGAAAAUCUUAAACAAACCAGUAAAGACACAAACUUAGGAAACCAGAUCAGACAACUGGUUACCAAAUAUGAAAAACUUCUCAACAAAGUUAAGGAUUUGAUGGCAGUGACUGAGAAGAAUGUAAAGGAUCAUCAGAUCUAUAGAGAUACAUUCAUGGACUGUUCCGAAUGGCUCAGCUCCAUGGUGGACAGACUCAAUCUCUGUAGUGAUGUCCGUGGUGAUAGGACAGCCAUAGAGGCACAGAUCCAGAAACUACAGGAAUUAAAUGGAAACAUUGACAAUGGCAAAGACAAACUCAACGCAACAAUAGGUAAAGGAGAAAUUGUACUACCUGAGACCUCAAACCAAGGGCAGGAACUCAUCAAAGAGGAAUUAUCUAUGUUGACCUCAGAGUUUGAAGGAUUUGUAGCAGAUGGAGAUGAUCUGAGGAACAAUCUUGAACGUCUAAUGGAAGAAUGGCAUCUGUAUGAGAAUCAGUAUGAUGAACUGAGUCAAUGGAUAAAAGAUACAGAGACUGACAUGAAAGAAGAAUCUGACCUCAAAGCAACUCUUGAGGAUAAAACUGAACAACUUGAGAAACAACAGGGUACACAUGAGGCUGUUCUUGACAAACAGACUACAUUUGAUGCUCUGGCAGAGAGAGCCCAGACUUUGUUACAGUCCACCACUGAUAAUAGAGUUACAUCACAGCUAACUCAACUGUCUGCUAGAUAUACAACACUUAUGUCAGCUUCAAAGGACUUAUUGAAGAGAUAUGAACAACAUGUCCUUGACCAUGAACAGUAUGCUGAGUCUUUCACAGAAGCUGCUACCUGGUUACAGAACACUAGAGACAAACUGUCCGUCUGCUCUGAUACUUCUGGAGAUAAAUACACUAUACAGUCACAACUAGAAAAACUUCAGGAGUUUGUGAUUGCAAAGGAUGAAGGACAGUUAAUGAUUCAUUCUGCAAAUACCUGGGGUGAAAAAGCCAUGACAAACACAUCCAUGGAAGGACGUGAGAUGAUCCGUAAGGAAUUACAACAACUCCAACAGGAAUGGGAAAGUCUAAUCAGUGAAAUCACAGACACUAAAGUUAUGUUGGAAUCAUGUCUGUUACAAUGGGCUGAUUAUAACCAUAGCUACGAUAAAAUACAAAAAUGGCUCCGAGACAUGGAGAAACGGCUCCGUGAAACAGAACCCAAAGCCGACCUCAGUGAAAAGAAGGCGGAGUUACAGAGAUUGAAGGGUGUUUACCAGGAUGUGAUAUCAUAUGAACAGAUGAUAGAAUCAAUAGACAACAAGGCUCAGGAACUGUCGUCCAAGAGUCCUCACAGUAAAGCAUCGACUGACACUACACAGAUUGUCAGUAAAUACCAAACUCUCAAGAAUCAAGCCAAGGAUAGUUUGGCCAGAUCAGAACAAUGUGUAGCCUCACAUCAGUCUUAUCAUGAUUCUUGCAAUGGUUUUAUAUCUUGGCUGAGAGCUGCCAGAGAAAAACUUGCCACUUGCCAGGAUACAUUUGGUGAAAAGACUGCUGUUGUCAGCAAGAUAGAUAGACUCAAGGCUCUCCAGGCUGAUGUUGGAGAAGGAAGUCACAGACAGACUGAAGCUACUAAAUCAGGGGAGUUAACUCUUCAUACAACCUCACCAUCAGGACAAACCAAAAUUAGACACGAACUACAGGCAAUGAAGCGUGACUUUGAUGAGUACCGUACCAUGCUGAAUGAAGCACUAGAAGACCAAGACACUAGCUUGUCCAAAUGGAAUGAAUUUGAGGAAAGCUACAACCAGUUUAAUGCUUGGUUGAAAGAAGCAGAAGGCUUCCUAAGGGCCGACCUUGAACCAAAGAUCACAUUGGAAGAGAAAAAGAAACAAUGGGAUCAUUACCUGAACUAUAUGGAAGAAGUCCUGUCACACCAAAGUACAAUGGACAGGGUAAAUGAGAAAGCUCAGGCCCUACUAGCCACUAAUGCUGACGCUAAGACUUCUCAUGCCAUCACACAGCUGACCACCCGCUAUCAAGGUGUGGUCGCUAUGUCAAAGGACAUCGUAAAGAAUCUGGAACUACACUGUGAUAACCAUGCUGCAUACAAACAAGCCUACAAUGACUUUGAGGAAUGGCUGACCGAUACCAAACAAAAACUUGGAAGUGUUCAUGAUUCAUCUGGAACUAAAGAUGACGUUGGCAGCAAACUUAAUCAAAUCAUGGAACUACAAGCAGCCAUGGACCAAGGCCAUAACUUAUUGAGGACAUUACUUGAGUGUUCAGAAAGGACUUUACCAAACACUAAUCCAAGAGGUUGUCAGAUAAUCAAACAGGAGACUGAGAGAGCUAAGACACAAUAUGAAAACCUACUGACAGAUGUUUCUCAAGCCAAGCGUGGACUGGAGUCUGCUCUGUCACAAUGGGGAGACUUUGAUAGGUCAUAUGACCAAUUACUAGGCUGGAUUAUGGACCUAGAGACCAAACUGAGGUCUGAUCCUGAAGCAAGAGUAGACCUGCCUGAGAAGAGAUCUAGUUUGGAAAAAUUCAAGGCUAUCCAAGCUGAUAUUCUGGCUCACAGAGAUGCUUUGAAUAAACUGGAAGACAAAGCUUCUCACUUGAAAGACAGUCGACCCAUUGCACUUGUCAGAGAACUCAACAGUCGUUACCAACAACUUCAUGAUUCUGCAAAGGACAUGACAGUCAGAUUAGAUGACAUUGUUAGAGGUCAUGAAGAAUACAGGAAAUCUUACAUUGGUUGUUUAGAUUGGUUAGCAAACAACCGACACAGACUACAACGAUUGAGUGACUACACUGGAGAUAGAAAUACAUUACAAGAAAGACUACAGCAGCUUAAGGAUUUCAAAGGAGAGAUGAGACAAGGUCAGGACAUGGUUAACAAUGCUACACAACUUGGGGAGAGGGUCUGCAUGUCUACUGCUCCCAGAGGUCAGGAGGCUAUCCAUAAAGAGAUCCAGAACCUCAAAGACGACUGGAAUACAUUCUCCUCCUCUGUAAACGAGAUGGAGGGUAAUCUAGACAGAUGUAUUGGAAACUGGAUGGAAAUGGACGACGAGUACGAACGUUUCCAUCAAUGGAUGAAUCAGAUGGAGAACAACGUCAAAGAUCUCCACGAAAACAAACCAGACUUGCAGCAGAAACAGAAACAGUUGAUGCAGGGAGAGGAUAUAUUUGAAGAAAUCUUGAAGAAGAAACUAUCUUUGGAGCAUGUGAAAGAGAGAAGUGAUGCUGUUUCACAGCGCAGCAUAGACCCUCGUGUCUCAAAUAAUAUGAUGAUGUUGACCACAAAAUAUCAAGGACUCAUGUCAGCAGCUAAGGGUAUGUUGCAGAGACUGAAUGAUAAUGCUAAAGACCACAAAUCAUAUGAUAAAGCAUUCGAUGAUGCUGCUCAUUGGUUGGCAGAAAUGGAUGAGAGAGUUCAGGAUUGCAAUGAUACAUCUGGUGACUGGGAUACCAUACAGGAUCGCAUGAAUGGAAUAAAGCAAAUCACCGCCAGUAUGGAUGAAGGUUUACAAUUGGUAAAUAACGUUUGUGAUUUGGCCGAAAAAAUUCUUCCCAAUACUUCCUCAGACGGAAAGAGAAUUAUCGAACAGCAAGUUACUGAACUUACCAAUGAAUGGGAGAAACUAAACCAAGCUAUUUCUGAAUGUAGCACUAUGUUAGAAGGUGUUCAGGAACGUUGGAACGAUUAUGAAGAGUAUUAUGGCAGUCUAGUCAAAUGGUUGGCAGACACAGAGCAUACUCUACAAAUGGAGCCUGAACCUAAAGCACAACUUGUAGAAAAGAAAACACAACUUGACAAAUACAAACUUGUACUGAGUGAUGUAGAAAACCACCAUAGACUGGUAAAUGAACUGGCCGAGAGAGUAGCAAACCUUGAGGCUCUAAGUGAAAAUCCUGAUGUAUCUGAUUCAUUGUCUGAUGUACAGAGUCGGUACGAUAGAGUCAGAAAUAGGGCCAGGGAGAUAGUAGCUAAAUUAGACAGAGCUUACCAUGAUCAUUUAGACUUCCAUGAAGCUCAACAAGAUAGUGAGAAAUGGUUGUUGCAGACGUCAUUCAAGCUCAUGUCCCAUAAUUCCCUCAAUGUCAGUUCCAUGGAAAUCACACAAAGACAACUGGAUAAGCACAGGGCUCUCAUUAGAGAUAUAGAAGAUUAUAGAAUGACCUUGGAUAUGGUCAACAAGAAAGGUCGUCAUCUAGCAGAAGACAACUGUCGGGUUCCUAAAAUGGCACAACAAAUACAAUCACAGUUACGAAACUUAGAAGAGAGUUACCUCAAUUUACAAUCAACUGCAGAACAAAUCAAGAAUCGAUUACAAGAUGUUCUACAGAAAUGGCAGGAUUACAAGGAUCUACUGGACAACGACAUGCAAUUCCUUACUGGAGAAUUCACACAAUGGAUGGCUGACUGUGAUAGAGAUGUGCCAGAUAAUUUACCAGAAGCACAAAGAAAACUUGAAAACAUAAAGGCUAUGUGGGAGAGGAUGUCUGGUAUGAGACAAGAACUGACCAAUGCAGCUCACCGAUGUGAGAAUCUUGGUGGAAGUAUGGAGAACCUAAGUGAAGAGGAUGCCCAACAGGAAUCUAAUGUCAACCAACAGGCUGAGAAAGUUGAGGACAAGUUCAAAGAGGCAAAUGCUGAGCUUGAGAAGAGAAUGGAUUCAGUUCGAGACACCAUUCACCAGUGGGAACUGGUUGACAGAAUGCGUGGAGACUUACGUAACUGGUUACAUAGCAAACAGGAAGAAUUCCAAGAAAUGGAAGAAAAGCCCGCCAAACUUCAUGCUGAAGCUGCUGAAAUUGAGAUAGCCAACCUACAGGCUCUGAGAGAGGAGGUACAAGCAAAAGGCCCAGCCAUUGAUAGUUUUCUGAACAAAUACAGAGACCUGACUCAACAUAAUCCAUCCCUUGUGGACCCUGUAAUGAGAGCUGUGAGAGAGGACUGGGAAGAACUCCUUGGUCAAAUAGAGAACCUACUUGAGGACCGUGAGAACAACCUCCAGGCCAGCAGAGAGUUACAAGAGGCCCAAAACACAAUGGACGAUGACCUUGAGAACUAUGUCAAGGAACUGGAAAGGAUUGAGAAAGAAGAUGUAGCAGUCCAGGAGAAGUCCCUACAACUCAAGUCACUAGCUGAUACCGUCACAGGUCACAGAGAUAAUGUUGAUGGACUACAGAGGAAGGGAACCAGGCUGGUGUCACGUGUCAGCACCAGGGACAGGGCACUUGUUGAAGGAAGGAUUGGUGACUCUGAGAAGAAAUUUGGAGAUCUUGUGGAUCAGGUGGAAAAGACGAAGAGACAAUAUGACAUUAUUGAUAAUAACUUAGAUGACAUUCGAGAUGAGGUUGACCAGUACCUAGCAUGGCUAAAGGAAAAGGAAGACCUCCUGACUAGAGAGACACCUAGAGGCUACAGUGUCAAAGAGGCUGAGGCUAAACUGGCCAAAAAUAAUGAUCUGAGGAAAGAAUUAGAAGAGAAAAGAGCAAAUCUUGAAAAUGUUAAACAGAAAUCUGACAGCCUGAUACAGGAUUUGUCUCGGGUUGAACGUAACAUGGUCGAACGAUGGAUAGCUAAAUUAACUACUGAAAGUCAAAAAGUCAUGGACAUUGUUGAUAGUCAGAAUAACGCACUUGCUGAACAAGCAGGAGAAAGAGCAGUGUUUCAGGAAUCUCUUGACAAAGUCAACCUCUGGUUGCAAGAUAAGGAACAGGAAGUACAGAAAUUACAAGGUGUCCGUCUGGCAUCUGGUGAUGUGGAAAAACAGGUUGACAAAUGCAAGACGUUGCAAUCCGAAGUUCAGGCAUAUCAACCUCAUUUAGAGAAGUUACGCAAAAUGGUAGAACCUUUGCUGCUGGAUUGUUCUCCUGAAUUAGCUGCAGAACUGAAACACAUGAUAUCAGAAGUGGAGGAUAGAAAUGAAGGGCUCCUUGCUGCCUUGAAACAAGAGCAAGGACAGCUGAAAGAUCAUGCAGCAGCCAGAAAGUUGUUUGAGACAGAUGUCCAGAAAGUUGACCGAUGGUGUAAAGAAACCGAGAUCUCAUGUUCUACAGAACCUAACCUUGAAUGUGCAAUACAAGUCUUAGCAGAACAAAAUAAACAUUAUAAGAAUUUACAAAACACAUCACAGUUAUUUGCUUCACUAGUCAAAGAAGUAGAAGACAGAGGUGCCAUAUUUUUACCAGAAAUCUAUGAAGCUGACAAAGUCAAACUUGAGGGAACAUUGAAAUCGACAAGAGAAAAGUACAACAGAGUUGCUGCCCUUAUCAAAGACAGAGCAGACAGUACAGAUACUGCACUGCAAUCUAGAUCUCAGGUCCAUGAGAGUGUGACAGAGGCUACUGAUUGGCUGAACAAUAUUCAGGACGAAAUCAAACAAUUACAGGGAACACCUGUUGGUCCCACUACAGAAGAUGCUAACUCACUACUAGAGAAAUAUGAGGAUAUCAGUGAAAAGAUUGCAAACUUUCAACCAUCUAUAGCCCAGCUGAACCAGGCAGUUGAAAGAUUAAGAAGUAAUGGCCAGAAUGUCGAGGCAGAUGAGAUAUUACAGCUCACGUCACAGUAUGAGAUGGCCAUGGAUAAGGUAGAACAAGAGAGUACCAAAUGUAAACAGGCAGUGGCAUUCAGACAGAACUAUGCCACACAGAAAGCCCAGUUAGAGGCAGCUGUACAGGAGUGCGAGGAUGAGAUGAAUGAGGUGGCUCAGUCAGGCAUGCCUAUUGGUGAAAGGAUUGAAAGGUUUAAGGCAAUAACAGAGAAAUUUCAGUCAAUAGAACCUCUAUUUAUGGUUGUCAGUGAUAAAGCCCAGCAACUGAGUGUUGAAUCUGGUGAAGAUGCUCGUCCAAUCACAGACAGUGUUCAACAUUUGAAAUCUCACAUGGAUCAAUUAAAGAAGCAGGCAGAUAAGAAAACAAAACAGUGUGAUAGAAUACAGAAAUCACGAACUGAGUUUGAUAAUUCCAUUGAUGAUGCUAUUUCAUGGUUAGAACAGAAGGAAGAUAUUUUAGCAUCAUGUACUGCACAGGAAAUGGAACCUGACAAGGUCAUGGGGUCAUUACAGAAACACAAUGCAUUAGCUAGGGAGGCAUUAGAUAAGAUAGCUGCUGUCAAAGAUAAGGCUAAGUUAGAGAAAGCUCAUUAUGAGAAACUAGGAGAACCUAUUCCAGCCACCAUGCAGGACAAACUCAAUCAAAUACAGAGUCUAGAGGAUUCUAUCAAGGAAGCAAUUGCAAAGAAGGACAAUUACUUAGAGGAGGCUAAGACAGACAGAAUGCAGUUUGAGAUGUCAAUGAAGCAAAUAAAUGAUUGGACAAGUGGUGCCGAAGAAAUGUUAGACUCAGGAUACGAUGGACUAGAUUAUGACACGUUAACAGAUACACUUAGUGAACAUAGAGACUACUUUUCUGAAGCCAGCAUGUGUCAGGAUGAAAUGGAACAAGUUAUGGAAUUAUCAGAACGUCUGCUUCCCACUUUAGAUAAUAAUGAUAAAGAGACAUUACGACAAACUCUGAAAAAUACAAAUAAAAAGUUAGCUGAUGUCAUGGCAGCCUCACAGAGACGUCAACAAUCAUUAGAAAAACAUGCAGAAGACUGGCAAGAUUAUAAGGACAUGGUUUUCAAUGUGACUGAACAACUUCAGGACUUAGAAGAACAGUGGACCACAUGUGAACAGUUGCCAGUUGCCAACCCAGUCAUGGUUCAACAACAACUGGCAAAAUCAAAAGAUUUCCUCGCCAAAGUUGAGGAAGUAAGAGGUGCAAUGAGUGAAAUAAAUGACAAGUCACAUGACCUAGACAAGGAUGGUAAUGCUGGUAGCAGGUCCUUCAUUAACAAUCUGGUCGAUGAUCUCAAUGAUAGAUAUAAUACAUUAACUACUACAACAGAAAAUAAACAAAUGACUCUACAGAACUUGAAGGGAACGUGGGAUGAGUACACCACCCUUUUAGAGGAUGUAGAGAAUCUAGUCAACACAGCUGAACAGAGACUACCUACCAUUGAGGUAGAAUCAGCACCUAACCAUGAACUACUGACACAUCUCAAUGAAACCAAGCAAAUCUGUACUCAAAUCCAAGUGAGUGAGCCUAAGAUAGAGGCAUUGAAGAGAUGUACCGAGAACUUACAGAGAAGUCUACCUACUGCUGAAGCAAAGAUUCAUACACAAGAGAAACUCAUGAAUUUGCUGGAAAAAUUGGAAAGAAUACAAGAUAAUGCUAAUGAGUACCAUGUAGCCUUACAAGAGGAGGUGGAUGACAGAGGAGCAUUCCAAACUGAGGCUGACCAGACUGUCCAAUGGCUGGCAGAGGCUAAAAUGGAGCUAGAAAGAUUGGAUCCUGGUAAAGAGGUGGCAGAUGUUAUAGAAAGAAUAGAAAAACAAAAGGUAUUACAGCAAGAAGUUGCCAUACGUAUGGACCAAAUGGAGCAAGUCGCUCAACAGAAAAAGGCAAAAUAUAAUGCAUUAGGCAAAGACUUGCCAGAGGAACUUCUCAGACAAAUAGUAGAUAUGAAAGCACUUGAAACAGAUGUUGCCACUGUGAUGAAGACAAAAGGAGAAGAAUUACAGCACAUUAAGGCAGAUCGAGAGGAAGUCACCUCCUCACUUAAGGAUGUCUCCCUCUGGUUGACUGAUGCUGAACUCAGACUACAGGAUAGAAUCAUCAACAUCCCUGAUAGUAUUCAUAAUUUACAAGUGUUGCAAUCAGAGUUUGAUGACAUUAAACCUGUCCUGGACAAAUUACGUAAACGAGGGAGUGAUUUGAUCCAACAUACCCCAGAUUCUAUAGAGAAGCAGCUUGUUCAAAAAGCUUUAGCUGAUACUAAUCGUCAGUGGCUAGCGGUACAAGGGAGAACUGCUGAGAGGUCACGUAAACUAGAAGACGCUAAGGACUUGUUGCAGAACUUUGAUGAAGUUGCUGAUUCUUUAGAGAAGUGGUUACCAGGUGCAGAGUCUCUUGUACAGAAAGAUGCUACUUGGAGUAACUUUGAUACUGUGAAAGAACAAUUGAAACAGCACAGGAAAUUGACCAAAGAUUUAGACCAUCAGCAAGAUAAACUAUCUAGUCUAGGAACAAUUAGUAAAAAGUUAGAUCAGAUUUGUGACGCCACAUCUGCAAGAGAUAGACUGUCUAAACUGAAUAAAAGAAUGUUUAAUUUACAUUCCAAAGGAUCGGAGAAACUGAACACAUUAGAAGAAAUCAAUGACGAUAUUGACGACUAUGAGGACGAGCUUACUCGCCUGAGACUAUGGAUGGAUGAGACGAGAUCUCAUCUCACUAUGAGAGAUACCACAUUGACAUUGAAAGAACAACUAGCAAUACAAGAGAAAAUACUGGAAGACAUUGAUAGCCACAAAGGCAAAGCCUUACUGGUUGAACAGAAGCAGUCGGAACUGAAGUCUUUAACAGGCAAGGAGGAGCCUGAGGCCGCUUUAGCCACUGAAAUGUCUGAACUGCAACACAUGGCUCGGCAGCAAUGUGAAGAGUUACAUGAAUCCAUCAUACAGCAGGAACAGUAUGAAUCAGACAUUCGUCAUUUGUCGUCUGCUAUUACAGAAGCUCAAGACAAGCUUCUUAGUGCUCCUGUACAGGCUGCAGAUGUAAACACAUUGAAGAAGCAGAUUGCAGAACAUAAUGCUCUUGCAUAUCAAAUCAAAUCGUACCAGGACAAAAUUAAUGACAUUAACGAAAAAAGUAAACAUUUAAGUGACAGAAGUCUAGGAAUGAGACCUGCCAUGGUAGAAAAAUUGUCGCAAAUGGGUUAUCGCUAUCCAUCGUCCUUGCCCUCAUUAAAGGUCACUGGGGAGGCCGAUAGAUCAGGACCUGAUAGUGGUAUCUUUGUUUCACACGAGGGUUCGUUGAAUGCUACACAGAGAUCUGUAUCUGAUGCAGAUUUUUCAUCAUCAACCAUGCGGUCAAGUAAAUAUGGACGCUCAUCUGAUAAAAUGGGUUCUCGUCCAGAUGAACCAGGAAGUUUAUCUGGUCGCUCUGACGACACAGAUAUCACUAUAGAGAACUAUCCUGGUCUGUUUGAAACCAUGGAUGUUAGAAAAACAAGAGGGCAAGGUCAGCCACACAGAAGUAGGUCACCAUCACCUUUCUCUGAAGAAAAAAUGGCCAAGCAGCAUCAUGAACCAGUCAAAAUGUCAUCACUAACACAGCCAGGCCGUGCUGGUGGCAUGGGUCUUCACCGGAAUGUAGCUAGUCAAAGCUUACAGCCUUUCUCUGAAAUGGAGGUCUCAGCUAGUGUACCUAAUCUGCUACAACCAGAAUUACACGGUCCACCAAGAGAAAGAAGUGCAUCAUUUGGUGCCAAAUUAAAGCCGAAAUUAGGAGAAUUAGCUUUGCUGAAUACCUCUUGGAAUACUCUUCAACAUCAGCUUGGAGCCAGAGAACAUGAACUCCAGGUGGCCCUACAGAAACAGGAAAGGUAUCAGCAAUCGGUGCAGGAUGUAACACUAAAAAUGGAGAGGACACAGAGUAAAUUGGCUCGUACUUAUCCCUCAUCUCUGGCGGAUCUGGACAAACAGCUUAAAGACUAUAAAGAAUCCUUGAUAGAUAUAGAGUCUAUCAGAGAGGACAUUGCCAGAGUGAGGGAGAGAGGGAGACAAAUUGUAGAGAUAUCAGAUCCUGAAGGCUAUAACACUAUGCAGGCCACCCUUACCAUGUUAACAGACAGGGUAGAUAAUCUACAAGCUUUAGCAGAAGCCAAGGGCAAACAACUCCAGAAUGCUGUGAAGGAUAAAGAAAAGCAUGACAUAUCAUUGACUGCAUAUAAAAAGCACCUAAAAGACCUUGAAGAUUGGGUUGAAGAAAUGAAAAUCAGACAAGCUGCCACACCCCUACCUACAGACAGUGUUCAGUCUCUUCGUCAAUAUCUCCAUGACAACCAAACAUUGCAGGAAGAAUUGAACAAUCGUCUUCAGGUGGUGUCAGAUCUUGCGGUGCAAUGUGAUGCUUUAUGUGAGAGGGAAACACCCGCAAAGGCCGACAAAUUACGAUCUCAGUUGACAAACCUUCAAACACAGCUUGGAAAUCUGAAACUAGCUGCCAUAGAAAAACAAGGCCCAAUUAGGGCUGCUAUCAAAGAAAGUGAAAAACGGCAUAAAGAAAUGGAUGAUUAUGAAAAGAAAGUUAAGAAGUUGCAAGACUGGGUAGUUGACACUAAACAAUUAGCCAUGGUACCUCCCAAAAUAGAAACCCUCAUAUUACCAGAAAAUCGCCAGAGUCUUCAACAGCAACUUAGAUCAGAUUUAUCAGAACAUCGACAACUUGUGCAACAACUUUCUACUGAUGCCCCAUCAUAUCAAAGUAGGGGACCAGAAUUGCCAAUAGCACCACCUAUAAGUGAAGAGGAACUGGUCCACAGGUGGCAAGAACUUAAUGAUGAGCUUAACCAGAAAAAAGAACAGUUAGAAGACCUUUUGAGAGGCAGGGGACAUCUGGAGCCUAGAAGUAGUUAUAGUUGGUUGUCACCAUCAGACCCUCAAGGUCAACUGAAUGACAUUAGACAUAAUCUUGAUGAACUCAAUAACCUUUGGCAGCAGCUCAAUACUCAGGUGGAAGACAAACAGUUGAGAUUGGACCAAGCAUUGGAUUAUCAACAAAAGUACCAGGAUGCAUUGCAAAAUAUCUCACAAUGGCUGGAUCUGGCUGAGCAGAAGAUACUGUCUCCUGAUAGUGAUAAAGACUCUCAGCAGAAACUUAGAGAAAACGAGGCCUUACAAAGAGACAUUAAAUCCCUUCAAAAUGAAAUAUCUGCCAUGGCAAGAAAUUCUCAGGACUUAUUAACCUCAACAAACAGAGAAUCUCAGGAACUUGUCACUUGUAGCUUGGCUAACCUAAAUGAAAGGGUCCAGAUGUUAGAAAACCAGGCUCAACUCCAAGGGGAGAAACUCCGACAAGCUGAUCGUAAAUGGAAAGAAUACAGAGAUGAAGUUCAGAGUUUACAGAGGAAGUUGGCUGAAAUCAGAUCUGCCAUGGCAACACAAAGUCCGUCUGCUUCACUAGAUGAGCUUGUAUCACAUAUGCAGGAUGCAAUUUUUCGUACAGAGAAAAUGGAGGCCCAGUUGAAGACUUGUGAGGGACAAUUAAGAGAUCUUCGACAAAGAGGGGAAGAGUUAUCUGUUGUUGCUCCAAAGAUGAUUAAUCCUACAGAAAUCAAAGCAUUACAGACUAGCUAUAUGGAACUGCAACAAAAGGUGAUGGACAAGAAAGCUGACAUACUGCAGUCUGUGUCAGUACAGGAUCAGUAUGAGAAACUUCUACAGGACUAUGCUGAGUUCCUGGAAACAGCCAAUGAAAAACUGAAAACAGAAACCAUUAAUGUCAAGGACCUUCAUCAACUCAAACAACAGCUGGCUGCUCAUAAAGACUUCUUCAGUGAUUUGGAAGUCAAUAGAGCCAUGUUAGAUACCCUGUCUCAACAGUGUGAUAAAAAUACCCAGCAAUCCCAUCUCUCCAUGCACACACGGCUAAACAACCUGACCUACAUUAUCCUAGACAAAGCCAGUUUACAUGGACAAAGACUUGAAAGACUCGUAAGACAAUGGCAGGAAUUAUCUGAAAAGCAUGACCAAUUACAUUCCUUUCUGGAAGACAUUGAAAGACAAAUGCCGAGACCUGUAGCAAGUAACGAUUCCAUUAUGGCAAUUCAGGAAAAGAUCAGCACAUACCAGAGGCUACAGAGGGAAUUGACUGAUGAGAAACCUAUGGUGUUCCAAGUUGUUGAUAAGGGGAAACAACUCUUGCACAGUGUCAACUGUCCUGGGUUGGAGGCAGAGGUCACUGAAUUAGCAGAAAAAUGGGUUAACCUGAAUACAGCAUUAUCUUUAGAAUUAAAGAGAACUGAGAAGUUGGGAGAGCAACUUCAAGCAUUUGAGGCUGAGGCAGCUGUGUUGAGAACGUGGCUACUGACAGCUAAGAUGAAACUUACUGAUAUCAAACAUUUAUCUGACCAAGAUCAACAGAGUAUUGCCACCAUAAGGAGUAAAAAUGAUAAACUCUUGGAAUUCAGAAAAGAAGUAGAAAACCAAGAAGGCCUGAAGAGUAAGAUUAUGUUUGUUGGUAAACAGUUAUCAGAAAACCAGACAUAUGAUACUGCAGGCCUGGAGAAAAACAUGGCAUGGUUAGAGGAACAGUGGGGCUUACUGGAACAUGAUAUAAACAAAGCUGAAGAGUACCUACAUCAAGCUCAGAUGGACCUGAUGCCCUCACGUCAAGCUCUGACUGAAUUGGCAACAUGGCUGAAUGAAAUGGAGGAGGGAGUCAGACAGGAGAUAUCAAAGCCUGUCAAAAAUAUGGCCGACAUUGAGAUCUCCCUUAAAAAGUUCAAGGAUUUCAAAAUUGAGCUCCAAAAUAAGCAGUUGACUAUAGAUUUCGUAAACCAGUCAUCUUUACAAAUUGGUACCCAGGAUUCAGAGUCCACAUCUCACAUGUCAUCUGACAAAACAGAAUUUGCUGAACGUCUCGGCAGUUUGAACAAACGAUGGCAGGCUCUCAGCCAUGAUGUAAAUGAACAAUUGAGAACAUUUGAAAUGUUACAAAAGAAAUGGGAAGAGUAUGAAUCUAGUCUGUCACGAUUACAAGACUGGUUCCAGGAACAAGAGGACAAAGUUAAACAGUACCGUCUGAUUGGUCAUGAAAUCAGUGUCAAACAAACUCAGAAGGAAUCAAAGAUGCUGCAGCAAACUUUGAAAGCCAAAGAAGACGAGAUAGAUCACGCUCGCAGUCUUGGAGAACGAUUGGUUGAACUAAGUCGCGAUUCUCCUGGUUGUCAACGUAGCAUUCAGUCUAGUCUAGAUCACCUUAACAGAAGGUGGCAGCACCUGUAUGACCAGGUACAGGAUCUCCAGAGUAUUUUGAAUGAACUUCUGAGUCAGUGGGAAGCUUAUCAUAAAGAAUUACAGGGAGUCAAUCAGGUGUUAUCAGAGACAGAAUAUUGCCUGAGUAGAUAUUCAAGUGUUGGAGCUGAUCUUAUCACACUGAGGAUGCAAGUGGAAAAAUUAAAGGGUCUUCAAAGUGAUGUAAAUAAGAAUACACAGAAAUAUGACAGAUGUUUGGCUUUAGGUUCUCAGUUGAUGCAGGUCUGUGAGACUCCAGCCAAACAAGACAUACAGAAGAAUCUGGCAGAUUUACAGAGCAGGUGGCAAAGCAUGACGGGUGAUCUCCGCGACAGAUUAGCCAUGUUUGAAGCAUGCUUAACUCAAUGGCAACAGUAUGAACAAGAAUAUAACAAAGCCAGAAGAUGGCUUGAUGCCAAAGAGAGGCUCUGUAAUGAACUGGUAGCCAUUAGGGAAGAUAGCAGUAGGAGGGAUGAGUGCCUACAAGAGAGCAAGACUCUACAACGAGAUCUGGACAACUUCCAAACACAAUUAUCUAGUCUUUACCAUCUAAGUGAUUCCGUAACUAAAAACAUGGACAAUUCAUCAAUCGUUAAUCUUACCUCACGUCUUUCAUCAUUGGACCAAAGAGUCAUGGCAUUAAGACAAAUCUUAUCAAAACAAGUAGAAGCAUUACAAGGUGACUUAUCACAGCGACAGAGAUUCAAAGUAUUGUUCGAUUCAGUGACAGCCUUCGUGAAUCGGGCGGCAAGGACACUUGGUGAAGCAGAACCGGUAAAGACUUCAGACACAUUAGUGUUACAAAGUCGACAUGAGAAACUUAAACAUUUAACCUCAGAAUUUGCUGAUAAUAUGACAGAACUAGACAAUUUGAAUGAUCUUGGAUAUAGACUUGCCCUCGAUGAGACUAGUGCUAUUAACUUACGAGAACUGAACCAUAAAUGGCAUGAAUUAUAUAGUGAGGCUAAGGAAAGGAGUAAGGACGUGCAAGGUCAUUUACUUGCACAACAAGAUUUCACUGGUAAAUGUGACACUUGGAUGACCUUCUUAGCUGAAACUGAGCAAGAUCUGUCCACAGAAAUUGGCAGCAAUUUACCAGAACUAGUCAGUCAGCUCAGAAAAUGUGAGAAAUUUGAGUCAGAUAUGUAUAGUAAACAACAAAUCCUCCAUGCCAUUAUCAGUGAUGGUCAGAAAAUGAUGAAAGAUGGUGAAGUUGAAAACAAGAAAGAAUUCCAAAAUAAACUCCAUCUAUUGGCUGAGCAGUGGCAGAGUGUGGUCCGAAGAGCCAAUCAGAGAAAGUCUAUCAUAGAGUCCUCCAUAAAGCAGUGGAGAGAUUUCAAUGAUCUUACAGAGAAGCUUCGUGAUUGGUUGGCCAAUAAAGAGUAUGCAAUGACAGCAUUUGAUGUUGAUUCUGUGUCACUGCAAAAAGUCAAGAAUAUAUUAGAAAAAGCUCAGAACAUGCAAAAUGAAUUCAAACUGCAGGAAGAAUCACUGAAGCAGAUAAAGGAACAUUCCAAGCCAUUGUUACAGAACGGCAAUGAUAAAGCCAGGGAACAAAUCAGAGUCAGUACGGCACAGUUACAACAACACUGGCACCAACUUAACACCAAAUUAGAUGAACAGUGUAAACAUCUGGAAGGAGUGUUAAAACAGUGGCAGGAGUGUGAAGGGGAGAUUGAGGACAUUCUAUCCUGGUUAAAAGACACACGACAAACUCUCACAGCAGAGUUACCUACUGCAUAUGAUCAAUUGCAGGCUGAACUCAGUAAAUGCAAGGACAUUGAAGCUGAAUUUGCAAACAGUGAACCUAAAAAACAAUCUCUGUUGGAAAAAGAACGAAAGUUAGGGGAGAUAAUUCAACCAGAAGAUUUGAAUGUUUUGCACCAGAGGAUAAGAUUACUCAACAAACAGUGGGAUGAACUACGCAAUCAGGCACUAUUACGACAACAGAAAAUAACUGACAAUAUGUGCCGCUGGGGAAGCUUUAGCGAUCGUGUCAGGGAAAUGCAUGACUGGAUGGAAAAAAUGGAAAUCAAGGUCGUUUCUAGUCAAGAAUAUCAUAUUGAGGACUUGUUACGCAAACUGCAGCAGGAUUACAGAGAUGAAAUGGCUGACAAGGAAUCUGUAAAAAUGGAACUAGUGACCCAAGGUCAACAAUUAGCUAAAAUCAGUAGCGAAGUACGAGCAGCAGACAUCGAGGGAAAACUUCUGAGGUUAGAGGACAAAUGGCAACAUGUCACCUCUGUGAUGUCCUUCAGACAAAGAAAAUUACAGGAAACAUUGUUAGCAGUACAACAGUUAGACAGCAGCAUGGCUAACUUGAGGAAAUGGCUUGCUAGUGUUGAACAUGACUUAAGCACACCUAUUAUAUACAGAGAAUGUAGUUUACUAGAAAUACAACAAAAUCUACAGCAUCAACAGGAGAUACAGAAAGAUAUAGAGCACCAUAGUGCUGGAGUAGGAUCUGUUCUGAAUCUCUGUGAGGUGCUGUUACACGAUACUGAUGCCUGUCCAUCAGAGAAAGAAUUUGAAGCCUUGCAAACUGCCAUGAAAUCCCUGGAUAAAAGGUGGAGGACCAUCUGUAAACUGUCACCUGACAUGAGAGUCAGAAUUGAAGAGACAUGGGGAUUGUGGCAGGACUUACUUGAUGAUUGUAAGAAGUUCUGUAACUGGUUAGAUGACAAAGAGAGAGAAGUUAGUGAUCUCUGUCUAGAUACACCCUCUAUAGGACCUACCAAAGAAGAAGUAGUAAAAUUUGAGUUCAUACAGAAAGAAAUCCAUGAAAAAUUAUCCCAAUUAGAGGACAUAAACAAACAGUAUAGAAAGUUGGCGAGAGAGGGCAGAACUGACCACUCAGGGUUACUCAAACAGAAAAUGCAAGACGCCAAUGACCGAUGGGACAAACUACAGCAGUAUGUCUCAUCCAUCAUGAGAGGAAUGAAGCAGUCCGCCAAUUUACGACAAGAUUUCAAUCACAACCGAGAUUUGAUGUACACCUGGUUGACACAGGUUCAAGUUCAGCAGACCAACAUAGAGCACCUGUCUUCCAUGGAUGUUCCAAACAAACUCAGGGAAAUAGAGAGACUACAAGAUGAAAUAAAUAGUAAACAAAAGAAGUUAGACUAUUUAGAACAGGCUGGUGUUUAUCUCAUGCAGAAAGGGGAUAGUAAAGAUGCCAUCAGGGUCCAAAGAGAGCUGGAUGACUUCAAACAGUUUUCUUCUCAGGUCAUUGGCAAAGUUAAUGAUUACCAUAGUGAAUUGGAACAUGUCAUUGCUAAGCUAACAGAGGAUGCAGUACGAGCAGACAGACAGCUUCCUGGUGAUGAGCUUGAUGAAUUAGAGCGUCAGCUUAGAUUAGGAAAAUGGGACAUGCAAGAACUGGAGGAGUAUUUAGAGGCCUCACCUCCUGAAAGUCCUCCUGAGAAGCGACGUCACAUGCAGGAGAGAUCAGUAUCUCCAGCUCAACCUCGAUCUACCUCACCAAUCAGAGCUCGCACACCUCCACCAAGGUCAAGGUCAACUUCCAGAUCACGAUCACCUAGUCGUUAUGCUUCACGCUCACCAGUCAGGUCACCAACACGAGUGUCUACAAGAAGAUCAAGAUCACCAAUGAGAACUAGAGAAGCUCUAGAAAUUUCAAGACAAGAAAGAUGGAGAAGAUUAAGGGAAGAGCUAUCAGAGAAAGGUCGUGAAGCUGAGAUUGAGGCUCUACUAGAAAAUCUAGUAGAUGCUAUAGAGGAUGCCAAAGACAAAUUAUGUGAUGCUGAGGAUGAAGUCAUGGCUGGUACUCCAUCAGAAUCAGGAACUAAUGAUUCCUUUGAGGACUAUUUUCAAUGUAUCCGAGAAUGUGAGAUGAGUAUAGAUAAUAUGAAGAGAAUAGAAAGAUUGGUCAAAACAGAAACAGGUGUCUAUGGCAUAGCUAGUGCAGAUGUAGAGAUAAAAGAUGUUCUUCAAAGAUGGGAAAUAUUGCAAGCCAGAAUAAUGGAUAGAGAUUAUAGAAUGAAUCAACAUCGUCAGGACUGGGGUCAAUUUAAAGCUGACCUCGAUCACAUGUUAGCUUGGUUAGAUGAAGUGGAGGCUGAUCAGGCUACACAAGCAUCUGCACCAAGGGACAUAACUCAACUAGAUUCUAUAAUAAGACAACAUAAGAUAAUAGCUGCACAUAGAUUGAAGGAUUUUCUUGUUCAGCUAGAAUCCAAGAAAGCAAGAGUUUUAUCACUAAAUCUAACAAGUAAAAACUUUACAAAUUUAAGGACACAAGAAGGGAGAGAACUCCGUGAUAAAUUGAGACAUAUGAAUAAACGAUGGGAGGCAAUGUGUGACCGUGCCAAUUUAAUGCAGAACGAUUUAAAAGUUUCAUUAAUCCAAUGUGAAGAAUUUCACAUAACUAUUCAUGACUUAUUACUCUGGUUAGAAAGUGUAGAAACAAAAGUCCAGCAAUGUGAACCAAUCAACAGAGGUGCUGAUGAAGGUGCAUUGUGGUCCAAACUUAGAAAAUUAAAGGAAUUAAAACUAGACAUGGAAACAAACCAACCUAGAGUCCAGUCAUUGAAAGAGACAGCAGAUCAACUUCUGAUAAAUGAUGAUUCUGCAGAGAUGCUCAAUGCUAAAGAUAAAACUCACAUUAUAUCUAAUAGACUGAGAGCAUUGUUACGACUAUGUAAAUCUUACAUAGUCAGUCUGGAAGAACGACUUAAUGUUUCACCUGAUGUUGCUUCUUCGCCAUUAUCAUUAGACUUAACUGAUAGCCGAUUGUCCAGUUAUUCUGCAAGGACAAGUACACCACGAACGAGGUAUACCCAACUCCGUCCAGGGUCAUCCGUCCGUACAAGAUCACCGUUUGCUGUCACUCGUCAGCUACUACGGUGGGUGAGACCCUUUUGGCCCGGCACAUGUCAAGAUGACAACACCUCAACAGAACUACAUGAUGUCGAAAGUCAGAGAAGACCGUCAUACUUUCGUCGGGUCCUUAGAACAGCUCUACCAUUACAACUCUUACUUUUACUGUUACUUGGCAUAGCCAGCUUAGUUCCGAUGACUGAAGAAGACUAUAGUUGUGUUCUUAUGAACAAUUUUGGUCGAUCGUUGGGUCCAAUGUUACGAUAUAACAAUGGACCACCUCCAUUAUAGUCUUUGAACAUUUUUUACAUCAUGUAGUGUUGGGAAUCAAAAUACUCUCGAGUUGACGCAAUGAAUUGACAUUAUAUACUGCCAUUCCAGUUUUUAAGAUGAAUGUUGACAUUUUUUUACAAAUAUAAAGGAUCUCCACGAUAUUUUUCUGUGAUAAUAUUUGAUUGUACUCUCAUUAACGAAACUGUGAUAUAAAAUCACAUAACUUGCCAUAUGUAUUUAUGCGAAGCAUUAAAUGCUAGACAUUUUUGUAGGGUAAUACUGUGUUGCUUAUAUAUAGUCCCAACGUGGCAAGUUUGUUUGUUGUGUAUAAAUAUAUAUAUGUUAUAUAUAUACAUAUUUGGUUUUUGUAUUUGUUUGUUGGUCUUUAGAAAUAUUGUUUAAUGAAUGUAUCAUUUUGGGGAACAAAUGCAGAAACAUGUAAAUUAUGUCUUACCUAUAUUUGAUCAUGUAAUAUAUCCAAAUAUACAUGAAUUAUUUAUUUUGGAAAAAAAUCAAAGUACAAGUUUGUGUUUAGUAAAAUUUAUUUUUCCACUUUUGUAAUUUGUGUAAAAUAUAAUGGUGUAUAUAUUUAACAUAGGUGAACUAUGUUUCUCCAGACAAAUUAGUGCUAGUUCUUAAUUUAUUCAAGAAAAUGUAAUAUGUUUACUCUCAUCAUUGCAGUUUUUUGCAGAUUACCAAAUUAUUGCAAAUUAAUCAUCCUCAUUCAUCUAAUGUUAUCUUUAGCACAUCAUUAACAUUUGAAAUGCACAUGUUGACACUUUUUUGUUGUUUUUGAUUUCAAGUUUGACAAGACUUAUUUUUAGUUUAUAUCAGUAAUGUCCCCUUGUAUGUAAUACUGAUGACUGAUGUUUAAAUGGCAGCUUUGAUAGUUAUCAGUGUUGCAUAAAAUAUGUCAUAAGUUGUGGAAAUUUAAACUAAAUUUUGUCUUAUAUGCUACAAAAUCUCUUACAAAGAGUCUCAAGUUCUUUACAAUUUUUAAAGUUUUUUUUUAUAUAGUUUUUUUCAUAAUCCUGGUGUUUUGAUAUUUUAUCAUUUUUUUCAAGCCUGGUGUUUGAUUGUGUAGCUUUUAAAUGUUUGGUCCCUGUUAUAGCUGGUUCCAGUUAUAGCUAAUUUCAUAAUAAGUCUCAUUUUGCUUGUUUGUAUGUAUUUUUGAGCGACAUUUUUAUAUUUGUAUAUAUUUGGCAGUAUUUAUGCAUGCAUAUAGUUGUUAGAUUUUACAUAAAGUUAUUUGUUAUGUUAAUGAUACAUAUUAUACACUUCCAACUACAA